AUGGAUCCAGACACCGAGGUGGACUACGACAUGUCGCCGUACCUCAUCCGCUACAAGAGCGGCCGCGUGCACCGUCUCAUGGGCACGCGCAGGGUCGACGCCGGCACGGACGCCGCCACCGGCGUCACCUCCAGGGACGUUGUUAUCGACGUCGGCACCGGCCUCGCCGCGCGUCUCCACAUUCCCAGCGACGUCCUCGCGGCCCGCGCCGUGGCCGUGUCCGUCGACUUCCGCCUCGCGCCCGAGCACCCGCUGCCCGCCGCCUACGACGACGCCUGGGCCGCGCUCGGCUGGGCCGUGGCGACCGCCAGCUGCGCCCGCGCGUCGUCCGGGCAGGAGCCGUGGCUGGCCGAGCACGGCGACCCCGCGCGCCUCUUCGUCGCGGGCGACAGCACCGGUGGCAACAUCGCGCACAACGUGGCGAUGAGGGCAGGCAGGAGCGGUCUGCCCGGCGGCACGCGGAUCGAAGGGAUGGUGCUCCUGCACCCGUACUUCUGCGGCAAGGAGCUCGUGCCGUCCGAGGGCGCGGAGCCCCGCCGGUCGUUGGAGACGGAGGAGCGGUGGUGGGCGUUCGUGUGCGCGGGGAGACACGGGAUCGACCACCCGUUCAUCAAUCCGCUGGCGAUGCCAGCAACGGAGUGGGUGUCGCUCGGCUGCCGGCGUGCCAUGGUGACCGUGGCCGAGCUGGACAGGAUGCGGGACAGAGGCCGGAGGUACGUGGAGGCGCUGAGGGCCAGCGCGUGGGCAGGGGACGAGGCCGUGCUGUACGAGGAUCAAGGCGAGAGGCACGUCUUCUUCCUCAGUAGAUCCGACGGUAGCGGCAAGACGAAGCAGAUGAUAGCAGCCAUUGCGUCCUUCAUGGCGUCGUCAAACGCCCAAGCUCUAUUAGGUCCAUCCGUGCCCUCUUUGGGUUGUGAUGCUAAGCUUUAG